AUGCGGCUCGCAGUCUUGGUCAUCUUUAUGACUUCCUCGUCUCUGGUUUCUACAUCUUCGCGGAUGCCAAAGCAGGAUGCUAUAGUUGACUCUGUCCAGAAGAUCGAUUCUUUCAAGCCUAACGAUGCACUUGCACUGUUGGCUUUGCAGGGACUUGAAAACAUCCGCAAAUCGGAGACCAGUAGUACUUCGUCUCGAGCACAGAAAUGUAGUUUGAAGAACGCUGCCAUCAGACGCGAUUGGGACCAUCUGUCAGCAGCUGACCGUAUAUCUUACACCGAUGCUGUUCUCUGCUUGAUGAGCAAGCCUUCAAUCCUCAACCAGACCCAGUACCCUGGAGCCCGGAGCCGUUACGAUGACUUCGUCGUCGUCCACAUCAACCAGACCACGAGCAUCCACGGCACAGGCAAUUUUUUAGGCUGGCAUCGAUACUACGUGCACACUUACGAACAAGCCCUCCGACGGGAAUGCGGAUAUCGAGGAUACCAGCCAGCAAGUCCCAACCGACCGAAGUCCAAAUAUGAUCUGGCUAACGAUUAUCUCACUACCUCGAUGAGCGGCGAUGGGGCGUUCUUCCUCCACAAUGGCACCCUUGCAGGCGCUGGAUACAUUUUCCUGCCCUCAGGGAAAGGCGGUGGCUGCGUCACUUCCGGGCCCUUCAAAGACAUGCAAGUAAAUCUGGGACCGAUCGCACCAGCCAUGGAUGGUAUUGUCCCGUCGAAUAGCACUUUCGCUUACAAUCCGCGUUGUCUUCGGCGAGAUAUCGGCACGCAAGCAUCCUCGACCUGGCUUAAGAUGGAGGAUAUCCUGUCUCUGAUCGUGGAAUCGCCGGAUGUGUUUACGUUUCAGAAUCGGAUGCAGGGCGAUUUCGCAACUGGGUUUCUCGGAGUCCAUGGAGCCGGCCACUUCACCAUGGACGGAGACCCCGGCGCAGACUUUUUCGCCUCGCCUGGCGAUCCCGCAUUCUUUCUCCACCACGCCAUGGUAGACCGCACCUGGGUCAUCUGGGAAUCGCUCAAGUGGCCGGCGCGCGUGAAAGAAGUGGCCGGAACGCUGACCGUAUUGAACAUUCCUCCCAGUGCCAACGCCACCCUGGCGGAUCUUCAGAAUCUGGGUCCGCUGGCGGGUGACAUUGCGCUGGGAGACUUGCUGAGUCCUUUGAGCGGGCCGUUCUGUUAUAUCUAUCUGUAG